AUGGCGGCACCUUCUUCCUCCGACAGAGGCUAUGCGGCCGCCGUCGAUGCACUCAACACGCUGCAGUCCAACGCCGCAACGCUCGAGGCCAUCCGCAAGAAUGGCGGAAAGAUGAACGACCUCUUCAUCCCCGAGAUGGUCGAGUACGUAUCCCGCAUCGGCUAUACCCAGGACGACCUCAACAGGCUCAACGUCGUGCACAUCACCGGCACAAAGGGCAAGGGAUCCACGUCGGCCUUCUGCGACUCGCUCUUCCGACAGCUCGACGUGCACAAGCCCGGCGGCCAGCCCGCAAAGGUCGGCCUCUUUACCUCGCCCCACAUGUGCGCCGUCCGGGAGCGCAUUCGCAUCAACGGCCUACCGAUCCCCGAGGACAUGUUUGCAAAGUACUUUUGGCAGGUCUGGGACAGGCUCGCCGAGAACCCGCAACGCAAGCACGAGAUCACGCCGCUGCGCCCUGUCUACUUCCGCUUCCUCACGCUGCUCGCCUACCACGUCUUCCUCCAGGAAGAGGUCGAUGCCACCAUCCUCGAGGUGGGCAUCGGUGGCAAGUACGACUCCACCAACGUCGUUCCAAAGCCCCUCGUCACAGCCAUCACCCAGCUCGGGCUCGACCACACUGCGCUACUGGGCAACACGGUCGAGGAGAUUGCGGUGCAAAAGGGCGGCAUCUUCAAAAAGGGCGCACCAGCCCUUAGCUGGGCCAGGCAGCCGGGCAGGGCGAUUCAGGAGCUGGAACGGGUGGCAAAAGAGGCCGGCACCCAGCUCGAGACGGUCGACCUUCGCCCCGAGAUCUCGACGGGCGACAUCAAGCUCGGCCUGCCCGGCGUCCACCAGCGUUCGAAUGCGUCCCUGGCGGUGGUCAUCCUGGAGCGCUUCCUCGAGAGCGAGGCAGCCAGAGCCGUCUUUUCCGCGCCUUCGUCUUCGUCGGAGCCCAGCCAGUCGCUGGCAGAGUGGCAGAGGCGAGGCAUCGAGCAGGCGAGGUGGCCCGGACGGUGCCAGACGGUGCCUUCCAAGCAGGACCCGCAAGUCACGUGGUUCCUCGACGGUGCGCACACGACAGACAGCCUGUCAGUCUGCCUCAACUGGUUUGUGGACUCGCAGCUGUCGUCACCGGCCAAGCAGAAGCAGAGGACAUUCAUCUUCAACUGCACCAACGGUCGAUCGGCGCCAGAGCUUCUGACCGCCGUCCUUUCGCGCAUCGAGUCGGACCUGGAGGCGCAAGGGGUGUCGCCGAGCUCUGGCGACGAGGGCGGCGCCUACCCACGGGCGCGGGGCUUCUUUGACCGCGUCAUCUUUUGCACCAACAUCACGUUCUCUAGCGGAGGAUGGGCGAGCGACUUGGCGUCCAAGGCGAUUGAUCCCAACGACCUUUCGGCGCUGGUGGUGCAGCGCGACCUCGAGUCGGCGUGGAAGUCGCUGCUGGGCUCUGGAUCGCCGGGGCCCGAGGUGCUGAUCAAGGCGUCGAUCCAGGAUGCCAUCGGUCAUGUGCGAGAGGUGGCGAGAAAGGCUGGCGACGGCGUGACACAGGAUGUGCUCGUGACGGGCAGCCUGCACCUCGUCGGCGGUGUCAUGGCCCAUCUCAAGGAGGAAGGCAGCCUGGACGACGCGCUCGUCUCGACCGUGUCUCCUUGA